GUGCGCGGAAGGGUGGUGGUUGAGCCGUGUUCCUCUCCCCCUGAAGACAGAUAUCGCCAGCGGCCUCGCCGUCCAGAGCUGCCGGCGUGGGGUCGGCCCUCGGCGUCUCGUCGGCAGCGACGCGCUCCGCUGUCCCUCCGCGUCUCCUCCGAUGGCGCUGAGUCCUGCUUCCCUACAACCAACCCUCGGCAGCGGCAGCACCGCCGGCCGAUCGGAUCCCUCCUACCCUGUGCUGCGAAUCGGGGUACCUGCUUCUGCCUGCUCACUGCUGCAGCUUCUGUGUCUCCAUCGGCUCUGCAUUUCAGUUAUCCGUCGUCAGUUAGUUUCUUGGUGCGGUGAUAGACGCUACUGCUAGAAACCUGAAAUCGAUUUGCCCCCUUCCUUUGAAUCUGUGUAGGAGAACUAAGCAUACCAUGUCAACCUCACACUAGAUUAUAGACGCCUUGUAGUACACUUAACACAGCUCUUAUAUGAAUCUGUGUUGCACAUUUCUCCAGAGCUGCAAACAGAUAUGGCAACCACAUUCCGCAACGUAGUAGUAGGGGUUCAAUUUGCCCCAUUAGCAUCCUACCUUAAGUUUUUCAAUCAGCAUGAAGACCCCACAAUGAACAGACAUCGUUGCAACCUUUUAUCUUUAUAUCUUUAAAUCCUGCAGCUAGCCAGCUGCAAGCAAAGAACUGAUUUCUAUCUUUAGCUAAAGCAAAAGGUAGUCCUAGCAUGGAUUGAGAAUAUGGAAAAGGAAAAGGAAAAGGCAAGGAAUAGAGCCCGCUUGCUUCUAGUCUGUCUAAGGCAUUUGUGUGUAAGCACAAGAAAGAAGCACCUCACAAGGUUACUCCCCCGCACCACGUUGCACAGCUGUUUUUUUCUCUUGUUUUUGCUCUCCAAUCUAGCCAGCUUGUAGUGGCACCUGAACGAUCUACUUGGCUUCUAUCGACCUACAGAUUCUCUACGUAGUGCCAAUUCUUCACUUAACCAAGAUAGGAAGUCAGGAGCUGAUCGACUACUGGUCCAAAUGAGUAUGGAGAUUGCUGAAGAGCUGAGUGGUCGAUCUUGAGCCCGAAAAUGACUUCAUCUAGAGGCUAGAGACCGACAGACCUGAUCAAUUCAUCAUGCGUACAGAGGUUAUCAAGGCGGACACCAUUGAUGUGGCCGUCGACAGGAUUCUCGUUGAACUUGGGAAAGACACUACAAGCAGCAGAGAGAAUGCCAUCUACUUUGAUGGCUGGGAUGGUCUUGGGGCAUCUGCUGUCCUGCAAGCCGUAGCCAAACGCCUCGGAGUAUCAAAUGAGCCGUGGACAAGGCCUGCAGGGCUGGUGUUUGAGAAAAUCAUCCACAUUGACUGCUCAAAGUGGGAAGGCAGAAGAGCGAUGCAGAGGAAAAUAGCAGAGCAGCUGAACCUUCCCAAUUGGGUGAUGGAGAUGUUUGACAAGCAAGAUGAGCUGGAUGAUAUAAAUGGGUUAGAUGAGGGCUCCCGAACUGAGAUAGCACAAGUUGUCAGAGAGAUCUAUCAAACCACACAGAAUCGGAGAUUCUUGGUGAUUCUGCAUAAUGGAGGCAAUGAGGAGAUUGAUAUAUUCAAUUUUGGCCUUUCUCUAUAUGGAUAUGCCAAUAGCAAGAUGCUGUGGACUUUCCGAGGGAGGUUUCGGCUUGACCCCAAGAUGACAGACAACGUGAAGAGCACAACAACACAUGUUCUUCUUUCAGCUUCAAGAUAUGGGCGAGAUCCGCAAGAGCUUUGGUCUUAUCUAGUUCACCAUGAGGCUGCACAACUUUCCUGCUAUAAGCAUAGCUGUAUCUUCAUAGAUUCAGCGAUUGCUGCUGAGUGUGUCUUGUAUAUGCUGAAACAGUGCUGCAUCGGCUCUCACAUCGUCGACUACGACUGGGCUAUACACACCAGUAAUUAUUGGGUAUGCGAUGGGAUCAUCCCAGUGACAGACAUUGACAAGGCAUGGGAAGUUGGUGAUGUUGUACAGCAUGAGGUACGGUUGUUGAACAAUGACAAUCGACUUAGUAAUGAUGAAUCAACAGUAAUGCUAUCCUCUCACCUGACAAAGUCAGCUGAGCGCAUGCCAUACUGUAUUUCAACAGCAACUUGUGGAUUUGUACAGAGCCGCUUCAGUGUUAUUCUCGAAAACAUGUUUCAACACUCGCACGGGCUCCGCGUGCUCAAGCUCUCAUGGUGCACCUUCAAUUUCUCAUCGCCUCCAUUCCUCUGUUGCCAUAGCUUGAGGUUCCUGUGGCUUGAGCACUGCCAAGAUGAUCUAACAAGAAUUACCAUAAAUCAUCACCACACAGAUGAAGACAAAUUGAAGGAUGAGUUGGACAACAACAACACCGCUAGAUCGUGCUCAUGCUUUCAAAACUUGUGGGUGCUUGACCUGCGGUACACAGAUUGUGAUCAGAUCUUGUCAGCAAGCAUGAUGGAUCUCAUGACCCAGCUCAGGGAGCUAAACGUGAUGGGUGCUGAAAACUGGGAUAUGAGCCAUUUGCGAGGACGGCUCUGUAACAUUCGCAAGCUCCGGGUAACAAAGUCCACCUGCUUCUUCAACAACAACAUGUUGUCAGAGAUGGAAAGGAUGGAGCUUCUUGAUUUUUCGGGAAAUGACAUCACACAAGGCAUGACAUGCUUAUCUGGGCCAGCAAGCAACGGUAGCCUUAAGAGCGUCAUUAUUGAUGGAUGUGAUGGGUUGAAAAAUAUCUCUUUUAGGGGAUGCAAAGAAUUGGCAAACGUGGUGUUGAAAGGAUUAUUGAGGGGUCUCGAGGAGCUGGAACUCUCAGGCACAAGAGUGAAAAUCCUCAACCUUGGAGGAGUCAGAUACGUCCCCAAGCGGAUCGUCCUGCUAGACUCUGAGAAGCUCCGUGCAAUAUUGUGGCCAAGGAGUAUGAUAGUUGGUUGGCGAGAAAACUGGCCGAGAGUGGUGCACAUUGACACAACCUCACCAUCAACACCAGCUUAUAGUGGGGAGGCACCACUUGCACAUCCACAAGCUGAUCCAUCCCUCCACCAGCAGAAAGAAGAAAUGUUUAAGGGUGGAUGGCAGAUUUCUGUUACGGACACUAGGCUCCUUAGGUCUCUUUGUCCCUUAGGCAGUGGUUUUUUAGCGGAGUCAUCAUUACAUAUUGAUAUAUAUGCCGCAGCAAAUAUCCAAGGAACAAGCUGCUACGAACUAGUGCAAGUACAAACGCAUAAAAGUACCAUAAUGGACUCCAAGUACAAAGAUGUACUGAAGAAUGGCCCAGUUGCAGAUUUGAUGGUGUGGGACUGCCCCAAGAUUUACAUUCGUUCACUUGAAUAUACAGUUAUGAUAAAGGUGAUCAUGGAGGACAACAAACUUUUGGAGGAUGCUCCAGGUGCUAGUACUAACGCAUUAUUAUUUCCUUCCUGUAUACAUUGUCGGGCUACAUCUAUGCACAUGUAUGAUAACGCCUCCGUCACCAGUAUCUCCGUGCCUGAAGAAGGUUGGGAUAUGCUAGGAUGGUGCCGGGUGGAAAGGUGCCCCAAGUUACACACAGUUUUUGCUGUUCCCCGGUACGGUGAAUACACCUUUCGUGAGCUGGAGACAUUCUGGGCAUCCCAGCUCCUCUCUGCACGCUACAUCUGGGACAUGCCAGUUGAAGCAUACUCUUUCAUCCUGAAGUUCUUACACCUGGACCACUGUCCCAUGCUCGUACAUGUACUCCCCUUAUGCCUGGGCUAUUGGACAGGGUUGCGUGGUUUGGAAACCCUUGAGAUAGUGUAUUGUGGUGAUCUCACGGAGGUAUUCCCCUUGAGCGCUGAGCUUCAAGAGCAGGAUAAAAUUAACGAAUUUCCCAAGCUGAGGCGAAUACACCUGCAUGAGCUCCCCGUGCUGCAGCGCAUCUGUGGACGCAGGAUAUUUGCGCCUAAACUCGAGACCAUCAAGAUCAGGGGCUGCUGGAGCCUUAGGCGCCUGCCUGCCGUCGGACAAAACACCAAGCCGCCCAAGGUGGACUGCGAGAAGGAAUGGUGGGACAACCUGGAGUGGGAUGGGUUGGAGGAGAACCACCAUCCUUCCCUCUACGAGCCAACCCACUCGUUGUACUGCAAGAAGGCCCAGCUGCCCAGAGGUACCGUACUCAGGUAAUCGUUCUUGAGCUUCUUUCAAGGAUAUGAAUGAUCGAUCAUCGAGCAUGCAAUGCUACCUCCUACGUAACAGAAGCUUUCCUGCCGUGUGUGUCUGUGCGUUGUUUGCCCCACUUCCCGCUUGAUUGGUUUGUGGUGUUCUUCUCUCUACAUCUGUGUUGCCUUGCUGCGCCGGUGCGGCUUCCAGUUUGAUUUGGUUUGGUUUGAUCAUCUUUGCUCAGAGCUCUCGAGCAAAUGUGAAAUAAAUCAGAGUGGGCAUUCAGCACAUGAGCUCAUGAGCGCUCGUGUCGCUGCUUGCUCAUUCUGCAUGUGUGGUUCCUUAUUACGGUAUGAAUUGUCGGGUAUGGGGUGAUUGUAAUUUGUAAACAUAAACGAUGAUGGUGGUGAGUAUAUGUGUGUGUGGUGUCGUUUGUUGUGGUAUUAUGAAUAUUGUCACUUGUUAUGUGCUGAUUGUAAGUAAUUAGCUGGGAUGGUGUCUGUUCCCAUGCCAGUUUUAUGUAUGUGCAUUGUGCCA